AUGGCUGAAGUUGUUCACUUCGUUGCUGAUUUUCCUAACAAGGCUCUUCUUGCUUAUGGGCUCAGUAGCUCAAGGCGUGCACCAGACACACCUCAUCCCUAUGGCUACUCAAAGGAAAGGUUUGUAGGGUCUUUGAUAUCUGCUAUUGGCAUCUUUUGCCUUGGGUUUGGUGCUACCAUAGUUUACGGAGUACAGAACUUGUGGACUUUUGAGCCACCUCCAAAUAUGGAAUAUGCUGAUGUGGUAAUUGUUAAUAAUCCUUUAUGUCUUAAAGGUGCUUCACUUACCGUUGCUAUUCAAUCUGUCAAAAAAGGAGCUGCACAAGAAGGCAUGACCAUAAGAGAUUAUAUUUGGCGUGGUCAUGAUCCUACUUCUGUUGCUGUUAUGACCGAGGGCGGCACUGCAGUGGCAGUUUUGGCAAUUGCCGCAGCUUCUCUGGUUGCUGUUAAGAUGACAGGAAAUGCUAUUUAUGAUCCUAUAGGAUUGUUGUUGGAAACUUACUUGGAAUGGUACGUGGCUAUAUUUCUCAUUCAACAGAUCCGACAUGCCUUGAUUGGAAGAGCAAUGGAUGAUCAAGACAUGCGUAAAAUUCUUCACUUCAUAAUGAACGACUUGGUUUUAUAUGCUCUAAAUGAUUGCAAAAGUGAAGUGAUUGGUCCUGAAUCCUUCAGAUUUAAAGCUGAAAUAGUUUUGCGAGGCUGCAGAGAAAGGGGAUGAUUCUGCAAUGCUCAAUAUUAUGUCAAAUUACGAUAUGCAGUGCACCAAGUUCUUUUUCUUGUGGAUUUGUCUUCGAGGUUGUAUAUUCCAAGCUGUCUAAGCAUGUUGUAGGUGAGGAAGUUGUAACAGCUUUAGGAAGUGAAGUAAUCCGGUUAGAGAAACAGAUCCGAGACCUUGUCCCUGGAAUCCAGCACGUUGACAUUGAAGCACAGAAUCCCAAAGACCAAUCUUUAUGAUCUGAAAAAGAGUUGAUGUUCUUCACGGUCUGAGUUAUGGAUAUUUCUCUUUUGGCCUAAAUAAUGGAAACCACAGGUAUGGCUUCUUGGAGAAAUAGAAAAGAGUUUAUGGAUUCUUCUCUAUCUUUGUUUCUGAUAUAAGUAGAAGACUUAAAAGUCUCAUGCAAAAGAAAAGGCUUUCUGUUACG